GAGGAAAUUCCCCGGCAAAACCCAACCCUUCAAUGAGUUCCACCCAAAGUGCGACGAGAAGAAUCCUCCACAACCCGAACACGGUGGUUUCCGCCUGCCACGCGAAACAGCUCCACGCGCAAAUCGUGAAAGCCAGAGCAACACCGCACUCUCACUCCCUCGCGUGGGUCUGCAUUAUCAAAUGCUACACCGCGUACGGCCUCCUCCGCCACUCCCUCGCCACCUUCAACCUCAUGCGCGCUUCCGGCGUCUCCCCCGACCGCCACGUGUUUCCUUCCCUCCUCAAAGCGUCCACGCUUCUCAAACACUUUCCUCUAGCUCAGUCGCUCCACGCCUCCGCCAUUCGCCUCGGCUUCCACUUCGAUUUGUACACCGCCAACGCGUUGAUGAAUGUCUACUCCAAAUUCCACCCCCACCUUUCCGCCAACCACGUGCUCGACCAAUUUCCCCAAACGCAACACUACCAUAAUAAUUAUAAUAAUAGAAACAAUGUUAAUAAUAAUUUUACUGUGAAAAUAGACUCUGUUAGGAAGGUGUUUGACAGAAUGCCUGUUAGGGAUGUUGUUUCGUGGAACACUGUUAUUGCCGGGAAUGCGCAGAAUGGUAUGUAUGAAGAGGCGUUGGACUUGGUUAGGGAAAUGGGUAGGCAAAACUUGAGGCCUGAUUCCUUUACUUUGUCUAGCGUUCUUCCUAUUUUUGCGGAGCAUGUUGAUGUUAUCAAAGGAAAGGAAAUUCAUGGCUAUGCCGUUAGACACGGGUUUGACAAGGAUGUUUUCAUUGGAAGUAGUUUGAUUGAUAUGUAUGCGAAGUGUACUCAUGUGGAGCUCUCCGUUCGUGCCUUUUACCUCUUGUCUAAUCGAGACGCCAUUUCGUGGAACUCCAUCAUUGCUGGCUGCGUGCAGAAUGGGAGAUUUGAUGAGGGGCUCGGGUUCUUUCGUCUAAUGUUGAAGAAGAAGGUAAAGCCAAUGCAGGUUUCAUUCUCGAGUGUUGUACCGGCCUGUGCUCACUUGACAGCCUUGAACUUGGGGAAGCAACUUCAUGGAUAUAUAAUUAGACUUGGGUUUGAUGGUAACAAGUUUAUAGCUAGCUCUUUGGUGGACAUGUAUGCCAAAUGUGGUAAUAUUAAGAUGGCUAGGUAUAUUUUUGACAGAAUAGAGAUGCGUGAGCGUGACAUGGUUUCUUGGACUGCCAUCAUUAUGGGAUGUGCGAUGCACGGGCAUGCCCUUGAUGCAGUUUCCUUGUUUGAGAUGAUGUUACUUGAUGGAGUGAAGCCAUGUUAUGUGUCAUUUAUUGGUGUUUUAACUGCCUGUAACCAUUCUGGGUUGGUGGAUGAAGGAUGGAGGUAUUUUAACAGUAUGCAAUCGGAUUUUGGUAUUGCUCCUGGCCUGGAGCACUAUGCUGCUGUUGCGGACCUUCUUGGUAGAGCUGGAAGAUUGGAGGAAGCCUAUGACUUUAUUUCUAACAUGGCAGUGGAACCAACAGGAAGUGUGUGGUCAGCAUUGUUAGCUGCUUGCAGGGCUCAUAAGAAUAUUGAAUUGGCUGAAAAGGUUGUUGACAAAAUACUUUUGGUUGACCCUGAGAACAUGGGGGCGUAUGUUAUGAUGUCCAACAUCUAUUCAGCCGCCCAAAGAUGGAGAGAUGCUGCGAAAUUGAGAGUCCACGUGAGGAAAAAGGGCUUGAAGAAGACUCCAGGAUGCAGCUGGAUUGAGGUUGGGAACAAAGUACACACUUUUCUGGCUGGAGACGAAUCACAUCCAUAUUAUGACAAAAUAAAUGAGGCGUUGAAGAUUUUGUUGGAACAGAUGGAGAAAGAAGGUUACGUCCUUGACACAAAGGAGGUGCUACAUGAUGUUGAUGAGGAGCAUAAACGCGACCUGUUGCGCACCCACAGUGAGAGACUUGCCAUAGCAUUUGGCAUCAUUAGCACUACUGCUGGUACAACCAUCCGUGUAAUAAAGAACAUCCGGGUGUGCGUGGAUUGCCACACUGCAAUUAAAUUUAUGGCAAAGAUUGUUGGCAGGGAAAUCAUUGUAAGGGAUAAUAGCCGAUUUCACCAUUUUAGAAAUGGAUCUUGUUCAUGUGGAGACUACUGGUGAAAUAGCAACUAUGACUAGAAAGGGGAAACCAAGCAUGUCGACAUUAUAACUGCAUAAGCAGUACUAAACUGAGAGGUUGAGUAAAAAUGCUACGAAAUCAGUGUAAAAAAGACAGACUAUAAUCAAGGCAAAAAAUUGGUUAAGAAGUUGGUUGCCAUGCCAUAGGAAAGCCAUGCCAUCAAAAUUGUAUUUGAGAUAAGGCCUGUGUGCUCUCAGCUUUUUGAAGAGAUAGCUUCAGAGUGGGGAUUGGGAUUACACAUUGUCAAAUUUCUUGGAAGCGUUUUGAAUUGAGUGAGUACUGAUUGCCUACCUUUAGCAGCAUUACGCAGAUUGCUGAACGACACCAAUAUUUUCUGCCUGACACAAGAUAAACAUUCUUCAAAUAUCCUUUUGUAUACAUUUUACA